CGAAUUCCAUUUCACUUUAGUAACUAUACGCCUACUUUCGAACUCGAUUUGAUCAGAAGUUGAUCCAGACAGUCUCUCAUUUCUUUUGGGAGACGGUCUGGAACUUUGAGAAAUGAACGAAGAAUUGAGUGAAGCGGUGAGGAGAGGCGAUAUUGAGUCAGUAACGCGUCUUUUGGAGAUACAAGUUGAUAUCAAUAGACAUGAUGCGUAUGGGAACACUCUUCUGAUAAAAGCGUGUUUGAAUAAAGAGAAGGAGAUUGUUGAGUUGCUGCUCACUAAAUCAGCAGAUGUUAAUGGGACUGGUGAGUGGGGAUGGACAGCUUUGAUUGUAUCUGCAAUCAGUGGAUCAGAAGAGAUCACUGAUCUGUUACUGAACAUCAAAGAUAUUAAUGUGAUGAAGGGAAAUAAUUGGGGAAUGACAGCCAUCCAUUGGGCUGCAGCAUUUAAUCACAUGACCAUUGUAGAGAGACUUUUGUCUUGUUCUGUUCCCGUUGAUAUCAAUGCUAAUGAUGGUCGUACACCACUGUGGUAUGCUGCCCGUAUUGGUGAUGUGUGUUGUGUUGAUGUUCUCCUAAAACAUGGAGCGAGUCCCCAACAUGAGAGUAAGAGUGAUGGAUCACCACUGGAGAUUGCCAAGGAAGAGGGUCACAGUGAUGUGGUUGAGAUGAUGGAAGAAGCCAUAAGAUUGAGAUCUCAUCCGUACGUGAAGGGAGAUGUUGCUGUCAUGAGACAUCAAGACCAACAGACAAUUGCUGAACUGCAGAGUGAAGUGGAGAAGAAGACAGAAGAAUUGAGACAAUCAUCCCUGGUCCAUGAGAGUGAAGUGAGGAGGUUGAGAACCGAGAUCCAACAGAAAGAGAAGGAAGUUAGUGAAGGCCACGUGGUAUCUGAUGAAUCUUGGUUAUUGUCACAGCCAGCAGGAGACGUCAUGCAUGCUGUCAGUGCUUUGGCUUGUGAUCAGUGGAGUGACGUUGGACUCGAGUUAGGAUAUCGAAUGCCUGAAAUCAACUCAAUCACUUCAUCCAUUCCUGUACUUGGUAGCAAACUACGUGCCAUACUGGAAACAAAAGCACUUGCUGUUCGCACAUGCGAUUUCAUUCGUAUGAUGUUGUCUGCUUGCCAGCGUAUUUCCAUGCCAAUUUGUGGUGCUACAAUAAGAGAUGAGGUGGUUAAACAUCAAGAGAGACUGAAAACACAGAACGGUGGACAAUAGAAUAAUUGACUUUGUCACUUUGUUGUCAUAUGGUUUAUGCUUUAUUGUUGAGUGAUGUGUUAGUAAGAAUAUCUUUCUUGUUUGUAAUGCUUCAUGCAUUUAGCUAUUUGUGCUUUAGGGUUUUUAUUAGAAUUGCAGCUUGGACACACUAAACAUUAUGUGCAGUGUAAUAUUUAUGCCAAAUUUUAAAUGUUACAUA